CUGUCAAAUUAACCGACGUGACGUUUCUAGUCAAGUCAUCCGCAAAUGACCGUAACAUUUACUUUUAAAAUACAACUAAAUUAUUUAAUGUUUAUGUGGUAGGUAAACAAGUCAAUAAAAUUCCAAAAGAAACAAAAAAAUAUAUAUAACUUCAAAAUAAUAAUCUUCUAUAAUAAACAGACAUGCAAGAUGUCAGGAAAAGAAGCAAAAAUGCUGAUAAGUCCGAAAGGGAUAAUUCCAAAGUAAAUAACGAUAUUGUUGUUAAUAACAACGAAGCACCGACAUCAAGAAGAAACAUAUCACUGCGAGUUAUCUCCCGAGUCGUUGUAAUAUUUUCUCUACUGAUAAUAGUGUACUUUUCUUCUAAAAAUGACAACUUCAAAACCUUUGCUAAACAAUCUGAAUUGUUGCCUGGAAAAGGCUUAGUUGUAGAAUGUUCUCAAUCAUAUAGAGAAGAGGUAGAUAAAUAUGAAGGCUGUUUCCCUAAAGAGUGCAAAAGAUUUGUCACUGAUAAAGUGAUAUCAGUGAGAGAAGCUGAAGAACUGUUAGCAAUAGCUAAGAAAGGGCUUAAGUUAGGAGGAUCAUCAGGUGGAGCCUCUAUCCUGGACCUACACAGUGGUGCCCUGUCUAUGGGACAACAUUUUGUCAAUAUUUACAAACAUGAAGAUGCUAAAAAUGUAUUUAACGAAAAAGACUUCAACAUUUAUAGAGUGAUUAAAGAAAAAAUUAAAUAUGCUGUUGCACACCAUUUUGGAGUGAAUCCAAACAAAAUAUACCUGACACAUCCAACAUUUUUCUCUGAAAUCACUCCUAAAAAAGCAGUUACAGUACAUGAUGAGUACUGGCAUCCUCAUGUUGACAAGGAAACAUACAAAUCAUUUCACUACACAACACUUCUUUAUCUUGGUGAUUAUAAUAUUGACUUCAAAGGUGGAAGAUUUGUUUUUGUUGAUGAGAAGUUUAACAGAACUGUAGAACCAAGGGUAGCCCGCCUCAGUAUGUUUACUAGUGGCAGAGAGAACUUUCACUAUGUGGAAAAAGUAACAUCAGGCGUCAGAUAUGCUAUGACCAUUUCAUUUACUUGUGAUAAACAAUAUGCAAUUGAAGACCCUAGUACAAAAAAUAUAUAAAAUAACAUUCCAAACUUUAA